AUGCAGGUCCUCGUCCUCGCCCUCAGCCUCAUCCUCGCCCUCUCAGCCCCAGCGCUAGCCCAGACAUCCACCAUCGACAUCGGCACCCUCAUAACCCAAGGCCUCGUCCCCUCCACCACUCACCCUUCCGCCGCCUCCACCGAAAUCGCCGGCGAAAGCCCACUCACAUCGACCCGCAUUAACUUCCCAACCAUGCUCGACUGGUGGGUCCUCGAUGCGCCCAACCAAGCCGAAUGGACAUUUGUCCACCCCACCCUCGAUCCUGACAAGGUGGAGAUGGACUUAAUCCUCGAUAAUCUUGACGACACGGUCUGUCCGUCUCCAGUGUUGGUGGCGACGGUACGUGCCCACUGGGGGAAGUGGGGCGGUCAAACCAACCUGCAAGGCGCAAAGGCUGGUGAGGGGUAUUUCCUACUCCUCCAAGAUCGCACCAACAGUUCUCAUAUCUACGCCGAGAGCGAGAACUUUGAACUGCGGCCGGCUGGGGCCGCACUUACGCACAAGUGGCAUCCCACACCCGACGUCGCUUCUGCCCAAAGCAGCGCCCUAGCUGUGGGCCCGACAGGUUCAACGUCAGGAGCGAGGCGGCUCGCGACCCCGGAAUGGCUUGGCGUGGUGAUGGCAGCGGUGGUGUGGGGAACUGGAGCUGCCAAAUAG